AAUAAGGCGUUUGACGGAUUCAUGUGGGACAGCCCGAGAGGGUGGGGUCAAACCCAAACGAGUUAUUUCCUGGUCCGCAACGACAACACGCGAAGAUGAACGUGGGCGUGGCUCACAGUGAGGUCAACCCCAACACGCAGGUGAUGAACAGUCGUGGCAUCUGGCUGGCUUACCUGCUGCUGACUGUGGUGCUGCAUGUGAUUCUACUCAGCAUUCCCUUCUUCAGCGUGCCGCUUGUCUGGACGCUCACCAAUGUCAUUCACAACCUGGCGAUGUACUUGUUCCUGCACACGGUGAAAGGCACGCCCUUUGAGACGCCGGAUCAGGGCAAAGCACGCCUGCUCACGCACUGGGAACAGAUGGACUAUGGCGUCCAGUUCACUGCCUCGCGCAAAUUCCUCACCAUUUCACCAAUCAUUCUGUAUAUUCUGGCCAGCUUCUACACAAAGUACGACGCGACACAUUUCCUAAUCAACACGUGCUCCCUCCUCACUGUCCUAUUGCCCAAGUUGCCGCAGUUUCAUGGAGUGCGAAUAUUCGGAAUCAACAAAUACUGACAAAUGAACGUUGGAGUAUAAUGACUACAAACACUGGACUUACAGUUUCAGUUUUUUCUUACGUCUUAAGUCUGGAAGCGUACAGUCUGUAAGUUGGAAAUAUUAUGUGCUAUUAUCAGAGGGCUUUUAUUCAAUGACACAUGACUUAGUCUUGCUGUGGACAAAGCAAAACUUUUAACCUGCAGCAGAUUGUCCCAUUUGAGGCAUAGCACUCACUGGAACGCCCUUUUGCCUUCUUUUGAAUCCAAUGUUGUCUUGACCAAAAUGAAGACUUUGUGUGUGUAUAUAUUUGGACUGGCUGCAAGUCUGUAAACUUAUGGCCAUCCAUGUGAAUUGUUUCCAUUCAUUGUGAGAUUCCACCUUUUCAUGAGUAUGUUUUUGUGAACUAUUUCUGUUUUCAUUUUACACAAAGGCAAUAAAUCUUUGCUUUUUGCCCAAAAUAAAAAUCUAAUUAUUGAACCCACA